AUGAAGGUCUUCCUGCCGUUGCUGCUGGCUGCCCUCCUGGGCGUGGAGCAAGCCCACUGCCUGAUGUGCUUCACCUGCCAGAAUCAGAAGAGCAACUGGUACUGCCUGAAGCCAACCAUCUGCUCCGACACCGACAGUUACUGCGUGACGGUCUCUGCCUCCGCCGGCCUGAAGAACGUGGUGGACUUCGGCUACUCCCUGUACAAGUUCUGCUCCCCGACCUGCGGCUCCUCGAGCAUCAACAUCGGCGUGGCGUCCAUGGACAUGUCCUGCUGCCAGAGCUUUCUGUGCAACAUCAGCGCGGCGGACGGCAUGCCGCGCGCCAGCACCUCCAUGCUGGGCCUGGGGCUUCUGCUCAGCCUGCUGGCGGCUCUGCUAGUGUGUGCCAGCUCCUCCGGUACCAAUAAUUUGCCACUUGGCAAUUCCCACCAUCCCUUUUCAGUCUUGAUGGCUCCUUCCACUUUGGCUAACCUGACAGCCGUUGUCCUUGUUUUAUCAGGCUACUGGGCGGGUGCGCAGCGCGCUCCUCCGCGCCGGUGCUACCCCGCAGGGAAGAACCUGAGCUGCUACCAGUGCUUCAAGGUCAGGAGCCCGGAGUUUUGCUUGCCUACAGCGUGCUCCUCCACUGACCAGGUCUGCGUCUCCCACAAGUUGAUCAUCACCCUGAGACUACGGGUGAAGACCCUGCUCAGCAAGCGCUGUGCCCCCAGGUGCCCCAACACCAACAUGGAGUUCAAAUGGCUGUCGGACUCCAGGGAGCUCAGCAAGAUUGUCCGGCAGUGCUGCUCCAGAUCUCUUUGCAACGGGGCCCCCGCCCCGCAGGAGGGCCCCUGGGCCCUCUCCCGGGGGCUCCUGCUUCAGGCGGGCCUCAGCCUCCUCUGGGUCCUGCUGUGA